AUGGGUCAUGGGGGUGGAAGCGAGUCGGGAUCAUCCGGAGGCUCGCACUUGAAAGAUGGAUUUAUCGACCUAUUCGCUGGGACAAUGGGCGGCAUUGCUAAUGUCUAUGCGGGACAACCACUUGAUACGGUCAAAGUGAAAGUGCAAACGUUUCCGAAGCUGUAUGCGAAUUGGGUCACUUGUUUAAAAGAUACUUAUCGAAUUGAUGGCGUUCGUGGACUUUAUGCAGGAACUGUUCCCGCCUUGGCUGCAAACAUUGCUGAGAACGCCGUUUUGUUUUGCGCUUAUGGAUACUGUCAAAAGUUGGUUGGCUCAUUCUGCGGGCACGAGGAUUCUAAAUUUAUGUCGCCUAUUGAAAAUGCUGUCGCUGGUUCAUUUGCAGCUGUUUUUGCAGCCACCGUUUUGUGCCCCACUGAGUUGGUCAAGUGUAGAUUACAGGCUGCUCGUGAAACAAACCCGACUGUUCGGUCUACUCCAUUUUCGGUGUGUCGUAAUAUGCUCCAGGAAAGAGGACCCCGUGGCUUUUUUAUAGGCAUGACUCCAACUUUGGCAAGAGAGGUUCCUGGGUAUUUUUGCUUUUUUGGUGCAUAUGAACUAUGCCGCUUCUUAUUAACUCCGGAAGGGAAGACGAAAGAUGAUAUCGGUCUUUUCAGAACAGCAAUUUCUGGUUCUUGUGGUGGGAUGGCGUUAUGGGCGGCAAUAUUUCCGGCUGAUGUAAUCAAAUCCAGAAUGCAAGUACAGGGCGGAGGCAAUUUCGGCGAUAUGUUUAAAACGAUCCUAAAGGAGCAAGGUUUUAUGGGUUUCUACAAAGGUUUACUACCGACAUUGAUUCGUACCGCUGUGGCUUCUGGGCAUUACAUGACAUCUUUUCGGGUCUUAAGAUUUAUUCGAGAUACGAAAAGUUGCAUCAUCAGAAAUUAUUCGCAACCUUUCUUUAAGGUGGAACUUGCUGCAAACAAAGGCGCCAAUGUCAGAAAAAGAAAUACAGUUCCUGAAGUUACAAAGAAAUUUAAACAACGCAUCGCGGAAUAUUUGAAAGAUUUAAACGAUCCUUUGAUAGAAAAGAGAUUGGGUCCCUUGCGGGCGUCCGUUCGCGAGGUUGCGGCUGAAAUUAAGUCGUUGAAAGAAAGGGAGCCUUCAAGCAAUGAACUACCUAAUCUGCUGCAUGAGUUGAAACGAAGAAAAACGCUUCUUGAAAAUACGGAAUUGGAAUUGGCUCCUCAGGAUGCGUCAUUUGAUCGAACAAAGAUUGAAGACUUGUUAAUCGACUGCCACUUUUUUCGACCAGCUUUUUCAUUAUACAGCUCAGCUCCGGGAUUAUUUUAUUUUGGACAGAAUGGAUCUCGGAUGGUGAAAAAUAUAAUCUCUACCUGGGAAGAUCAUUUUGUAAUGGAAGAUGAAAUGAAUGAGAUCAUAUCGACAAGUCUUACUCCGGAGUCUGUAUUUGUUGCCUCUGGGCAUACGCAACGUUUUGCUGAUCUCAUGGUCAAAGACACAAUCAAUGGAGAGCUAUUUCGUGCUGAUCAUUUCUUGCUUAAUUCGUUCAAAGAGUUGUUACUGCAAGCGCCUUCUGCUGAACUGAAGAAAGAAUAUGAGCGUAUGAUUGAAAGAAUCGGAGACUUGGACGAAUUGAGGAUAGAGGAGCUAAUUAAGCAGUAUGAUUUGAAAUCACCAUCAGGGAAUCCGGUCUCAAAACCAACAAAAGCUAACCAAAUGCUUUCAAUUGAAAUGGGAUUUAAUGGAGAUCGAGCUUUCUUACGACCAGAAACAGCACAAGGGAUCUUUGUCGAGUUUCAAAAUUACCUGGAAGCAAACAAAGGGAAACUACCUUUCGCAGUCGCUCAAGUCGGUACUGCUUUUCGAAAUGAAAUCAAUCCGAGACAUGGUUUGUUACGAACACGAGAAUUUCAAAUGUGUGAAAUCGAGCACUUUCAUGAUCCACAACAAAAGACGCAUCAUAAAUUUGACGAGAUUGCUGAUCGACGCUUGGUUUUUUAUCCACAAAGACAACAACUUGAUGGUGCGAGCCCUAUUGAGAUCUCUGUAAGAGAAGCUGUAGAUACGCUCAUUGGAUAUUAUCUUGCGAGGACGCAUAGUUUUCUGGAGAAGGUUGGAAUUAACACUCGUAAAUUACGUUUUCGACAACAUAUGGCAAAUGAAAUGGCACACUAUGCUAAGGAUUGUUGGGACGCUGAAGUGAUGACUAGCUAUGGGUGGAUUGAAUGUGCUGGAAUUGCAGAUAGAGGUGUUUACGAUCUGGAACAACAUUCAAGAAUAUCCGGAACAAGGCUCACUGCUAAUCGUGAUAUAGAUUCAGCGGAGAAAGAAGCUUUAUCGAUAAAACCAAACAUGAAUAUCCUACAAAAAGCCUAUCCUGAUAAAGCAAAGAAGAUACAGAAGUCUUUAUCGGAACUCAAUGCACUAAAUAUUCAAGCUGGUACGAUAAGCGUAACAGUCGAUCAGCAGGUAUACCAAUUGAUGCCAGAUAUGUAUGAACUCAAGAAAAGUAUGAAAAGUAUCAAAACAGAAGCGUUUAUCCCAGCGGUCAUUGAACCUUCAUUCGGCAUUGGACGGAUUUUCUAUGCGGCAUUAGAGCAUUCAUUUCUCCAACGCGACGGUGAUGAAAAGCGAGUCUUUUUAAACUUAAAUCCUGUUGUGGCACCAAUCAAAUGCUCAGUUCUUCCUAUCAAUUCAAACGCGGAAAAAUUGCAGCCACUUGUGAAAGAAAUUUGUAAAAGAUUACACCGGCACAGGAUUUCGUAUAAAUUGGAUGAUUCAAAUGGAUCAAUUGGUCGUCGAUAUGCAAGAACUGAUAAAAUUGGAAUCCCUUUUGGAGUAACGAUUGAUUUCGAAAGUAUUGCAAACCCGCCCACCGUCACAGUAAGGAACGCUCUAAACCAGGCGCAAAUACGAGUUCAGAUAGACGAUUUAUGCAGCGUUCUAACGAAUUUGAUAAAUGGAAGUCUGGAAUGGAGUAGAGCCGAAAAGUUAUAUCCAUAUCACGCUACGAUUCUA